AUGCACAUGGGUGCACCCAGGCUGCGGGUGGGCCUGGCCCUGUGCCCGGAGCUCCCCUGGGCAGGCCUCCUGCUGCUGCCCGAAAUUCCACAGUUCCCAGUUCAUUUCUUCAGGCCACAGAUAACUGGAACCACAUCCAACGGAAAUCUGUGCACGUGUGCACCAAAAGAUAUGCACGAGGCUGUUUAUUCUACCACAGUUUGCCAAAAGCAAACCAUUGGAAACAACCCAAAUCCUCGUAAGGAGAAAGUAGAUUUUCCAAGUCACAGUCUAGACGUCCAAUGGCACGACGGCACUUCAGCAGUGAGGAAGAACGCAGAGAGCUACGUGCGUCAACGCGGACCGUCUCAAAACAACGUUGGGCACAAAAGCAUGUUGCAGAAGGAUGUGGACAGCUUGGUAGCAUUUAUAUAA